AUCGUACGUAUAAAACAAAUAAAUUUGCAGGUUAUCUGUGUCAGUGAUUAUUGGCAGCGAUUUCAUACCUAUCAUUAAUUUACCUACAAAGUUAUUGUGAUACAGAAGUGUGUUUGUGUUUACAAUGGCCACGGAAUCGAGUGAGCAUGUCUCUGUCUGUAUUUUACCGGAAAACGACCGUACGCGCGAAAUUCGUGAUGCUUUUGCCGCUCUGCACAAAAAGGAAGCAGAAUUUUAUAUACGCGUACCUGGAAGGGUAAACCUAAUCGGGGAACAUAUCGACUACUGCGGGUAUUCGGUGUGUCCCAUGGCACUUGAACAGGAUAUUCUGCUGGCUGUUUCCGUGGAAGAUGACAGACUUCUUCAUUUGCAUAAUGUAGAUUUGAAUUUUGAGGAUUACUGCUGCGAUCUGCGGCAGUUUGACAUAGCAAUCGGAGAGGGCGCUCCGCAGUGGUACGAAUACUUCCUGUGUGGCCUGAAGGGGAUAUUCGAGAUCCUACCUAAGGAUAUUAGCGUGAGGGGAAUGAAGAUUGUGGUCAGCGGGACGAUACCCCAAAGUGCUGGGCUCUCAAGCAGCAGCGCCCUCGUUAGCGCUGCCGCUCUGGCAACUUCUCACGCUCACAAAUUUCCUCUAACCAAGGAGAAAAUGGCGAAUCUAUGCGCCCAGUGUGAACGGUACAUCGGAACUCAAGGGGGCGGUAUGGACCAAGCCAUUGCAUUUUUAGCUACCGAGGGUUGCGCUAAGCUCAUCGAAUUUAAUCCACUGAGAUCGACGGACAUCGUUUUGCCCCCGGGAGCCGUUUUCGUAAUCGCCCACAGCUUAACAAAUCUCAACAAGGCCGCAACUGCGGACUUCAAUUGCAGGGUAAUUGAAUGCCGACUGUCUGCACAGGUGAUAGCCAAGAAACAAGGGUUACAUUGGAUGAACAUUAAGCGGCUCGGCGAGUUGCAGCAGGCCCUUGGAUUGGAUCUUACCGACAUGAUAGCCCUCGUAAAGGAGACUUUGCAUGAGCAGCCUUACACGAAGGAGGAAGUCGUCCAGGAACUGGAAACAACGAUAGACCAUUUGGAUGCAACAUCGCUAACGCAAAACACAAAGCACAUACGAAGUUUUAAGUUGAGACAAAGGGCUCUUCAUGUAUUCCAGGAGGCCCUCAGGGUGCGAAAGUUCCACGAAACCUGCUUGAAUUCUACCGGAGAGGGAUCUUUGGAGACACUGGGUAAACUUAUGUUGGAAAGCCAUGAGAGUCUUCGAGACCUUUACGAAUGCAGCCACCCCCAAUUAGAUAAGUUAGUUGACCUUUCGAGGGAAUUUACCUUAGGAACGAGAUUGACGGGAGCAGGGUGGGGAGGCUGCGCUGUUUCCCUUCUACCACCGAACAACGUUGAUAGAUACAUUCAUUUUUUAAGGGAAAACUUUUACAAACCAUUCGGAUUAACCGAUAAACUAAAUACAGUGUUAUUUUCUACGUCUCCCCAAUCUGGAGCUUGUGUGUAUUUAAACAGAGUGUAGGUAUUUUAUCCAUGUAAGGAAAUGGGGAAGUUUUUUUGUAAAUAUGCAACAAGGAUAAAUAAAGCACUUGAAAAUAA